AUAUAUAUAUAUAUAUAUAUAUAUAUAUAUAUAUGUGUGUGUGUGUAUAUACAUAUUAUAAUUGUAAUUAUGGCAAAAGUUAUUACGAAGAAAAAGAAAUUGAAGAGAUUGUCCACUAAGGAAGAGCUGGAGCUUUCUGAUAAAUCGGAAUUAAUAGAUAAAAUAUUGCAAUUAGAAGCUUAUAAUAUGCAGCUUCAAAUGAUACUUAGAAAAACUGAAACAAAUGAAAUGGAACAAAGGAAAUGUCUUAAUAAGAAUCAAAAACAGUUUGAUUUUACAAAGUAUCACAAAAGGCAUAUUUUAUUAAAAUUGUACUAUUUAGGUUGGGAUUAUGAUGGUUUUACAUGUCAAGAAGGAAAUAAUAAUACUAUUGAACAUCAUUUAUUUUCUGCUUUAAUAAAAAGUUGUUGUAUAGAAUCUCGUGAAAAAGCAAAUUAUCAUCGUUGUGGUAGAACAGAUAAAGGUGUCAGUGCAUUCUCUCAAGUAAUUAGUUUAGAUAUACGUAGCAAAUUGAAACCUGAGAAACAAAAUGAUUUACAAAAUGAAUUAUCAUAUUGUAAAAUAUUAAAUCGUUUACUUCCUCAAAAUAUAAGAUGCAUAGCUUGGAGUCCAAUUCCAAGUGAUUUCUCUGCUAGAUUUAAUUGCAAAGAUAGGACAUAUAAAUAUAUUUUUCCUAGAGGAAAAUUAAAUAUUGAUGCCAUGAAUAAAGCCGCUAAAUAUACUAUAGGCACGCAUGAUUUUCGAAAUAUUUGUAAAAUGGAUGUUGCCAAUGGUGUGAUAAAUUUUAAAAGAAGAAUAAUUGAUGCUACAGUUUCUGUAAAACAAAAUGAUUAUACAAAUAAUUCAGGAUACGAUCUGUGUGAAUUAAAAAUAACAAGUCAAGCUUUUCUUUGGCAUCAAAUACGUUGUUUAAUGGGAGUAUUAUUACUAGUUGGUCAAGAAAAAGAAAAACCAGAAAUUAUUUUAAACUUACUUGAUAUCGAUAGCUAUCCAUGUAAACCUCAAUACAAUCUAGCUUGUGAAAUUCCUUUAAAUCUUUAUCACUCGGAAUAUGAAAAUAUCAAAUGGUUCUAUGAUGAAGAUGAAUUAAUAAAGGUUAUAAAAAUUUUACAACAGGACUGGUCGAUAAACACUGUAAAAUCAGCUAUGAUCAAAGAUAUGUUAAUGGAUUUAGAAAGUUUACAAAAUUGUACAGAUACAACAUUUCAAAAUGAUUGUUUACUUCUUGGUGUGCAUUCAAAAGUUUAUCAACCUUUAAUGAAAAGAGUAACUUGUGAAAGUUUAGAAAACAGAAUAAAACAUUACCAGAAAAAAGGUAGAUUUGAAUCAAUGAAUUUAAGUAAUAUGUAAUACUUAUAAUUAUCAUUAUUUUAUUAAGAAAUGUAAUCUUUGAAAACAAAAAAAAAUGAAACUAAAUACAGUUAUAUCUAUUUUCAAUAUGCCAAACUUGUACCUUUACAUUUGAUAAUUACAGAUUAUUUAUUCUAUUAAUCUUUAUAUUUUUACAUUGAUCUAUUGUAUAGAUUAGAUUCUAUUGUUGUUAAUGUUGAUGAAGUUGUAAUGUCAUUAGGAAUCUCAGGUGAAGUUUCCAUUUGUAAUAAGAUUAUCAGAAAGGUUGUAAUACCUUUAAAAAACUAAUCAUUUUUUUAAUCACAAUAAGUCGAACAUUUUUAUGAUACUUUUAUAUGGAAUACUUAAAUAGAAAGAUAAAAUUUAAGAGACAUACCUGUUGAAUAAAUUUGUAACCAUAUUCGUAAAAACCAAAUGCAGAAAAUUUCAAUCGCUUAUAAGUCAUUUCGGAUAUGAAUUGAAAAACCUUAUAAAAAUAAAAUUUAAAUAUUAUAAUAAAAUUGUUAGAGAUUGUGAUAGUGGAAUAAUUAUAGACUAUUAAUUUAAUUAAUGAUAAUAAUCUAGAAUAUUUUAAAUUGCGAAAAACUUACCUCUUCGCGUAUUGUAAUAUGAAAGGAAUCCAUUACUUUCUGAAUAAGUACUUGCGUCCUAUUUGCCUAUUAUUAUCAAUGAUUAAUAAUAUUAAAUAAAUUCUAUGUCUAUUUAAUUAUUCAUCUUUAUAUCAUAAAUAUAUCAAGUAUUAUUUUUUAAUAUUACCUCAGCCUUAACUAUCUCGCAUAUAUAGUUAAUCGAGAGUAAUUUGAUUAUAUAAAAUGUACUCCAUAUAACAAUAUCUAAGACAUUCUUUAUCCUAUCCGAUUCCCAAGUAUGUAAAUUAGUAAAUGCAUAAUACAAUUCGCAAAUUAAGCCUAUUUCGCAAAUAAAGAAAGAUAUCAUCUCUAAAAGUAUUGCUGCUCCAAAUAUUGUAUUCAAAUCAUUACAUAUCGUACUCAAUUCCAUAUGAAUAUGCCUAUAAGAGAAAUGAUUAAUUUUUUAUUUAAUUAUAGGAAAAUAUUUUUUAAUUGGAUUUUUUUUUUUUUCUGAAUUCGAUCGUUUCUAAAAAUAAAUACGAUUUUGUCAUUUCUUUUCUUUUUUUCUUUUUGAUAGAUCAUGUUAAAUAAAAAUUCAUAUUACUAUUAUAAUGAGAAUCUUUUUGCAAAAACAAAAAAAAUUUACUCAUGAUAAUGUGUAUAUUAGUUUUACACAGCUUUACAUUGUUAUCCAUAUAUCGAAACUCUUGAAAUCGUUUGUAACUCCAUUUCCUCGUAAUCCUUCGUUAAUAUUUAUUGCAUUAGAAUAAUUUGUUGUACUUGUCGUAAUCUCUUCAGGCAUUAUUUUCGUAGAGCGAUGGUUACAUAUCUUACAACGUUGAGUUAUAUAUUCAUUUAAUUUACAGAAUCUAGUUCUUUCAUAUCUGCAUUUAAAUAUAAUAUUAAGCAAUAAAUUAUGUUUGUGUAUUUAUUUAAUGCAUUUAAUUAUGUGCUUGUACAUUAAUGCGUGUUUUAUCAAUUUGUUUUAUCCUGAGAUGUUGAAUUACGAAUACGUACAAUAAAAGAAUGAUGAAUAUAAGAUCCAAAAUCGUGUUGUUAUGAAUGGGCUGAUUAAUUAAGCAUGUAGUAAUAAUUUUCGACAUAUCGAUUACUUUUAUAUGUAAGAAAAGUUCGGAAAGGUUCAAUAAAACAAUUGUUACGAGCCAUCCUAUAACGACGAAUAUCAUUAAUAUUCGUACAUUUUUAUAUUCCGUUUGAAAACCAAGUCCUUUCAAAGUAUUAUCGAGCGCAGUCAUCCUUUUCAAACAAUUUGCAAGUUUCUUGAAAAAAAAAAGAGAGAAAAAAAAGAAAAGAAAAAAAAAAUUAAAAUAAUAACAAAACAAUAGAAAUGAAUCUUCCUUGUUAUGAGAUAAAAUUUUGAAAGAUUUAACGAUAAGAUUUUAUAUAAAGUAAAAAAAAGUAACGUUAAAAUCUAUAAAAGAUACCGUACUUUGCUGUUGUACAGGCAGAAAACCAUCGACGUAAUCGUUGUGAUCAUGUUGAAGUGAAGAACGAUAAUGGAUGCGAUAUUAUCAAAUAAAACAUUAAAUAGGCUAGAAUUGAAGAGAUAUUUGAAAAAUGUGAAAUAACCGAUCCACCAACACAAUAUAUAUAUAAUGUUAAUAUAAAUGAUAAAUUUGUACGUAGGAUAUUCAAUAAUGAUUAUUCCGAGUAUAGAGCCGGUAAGCAAAAGAGGAAAAAAUGCUUGUUUAAGAUUUUCGAUCAUGGCUUUACCGUUUUGUCUUAACGAUGGUAGACUAACUUGAAGACUGACAGACUAACGUCAGCUAACACAUCCUACUUUACGGUUUAUCGAUAUCCUUGUGAUAUCAAUCGCAAUUACGUAUAUCGUGGCACUUGCGUCCUAUCAUGAAUUAUACGUCUUUUGUAAUUUCGUAGAAUAUACCUAUUAAUUCGUCGUUCAUUACGAGACAUGUCAUGUCACAUUUUGAGAGAUAUGACGUGUUUUUAUCCACGUAAAGAAAUGUCUUUUCUAUUUUUCUUCUUCUUCUAAAUAAAAAUAUAGAUAAAAAUUGUCUGACCAAUUUAUGACAUAUGAGAUGCUCGUGUUUAAGGGCUUUAGAUUGAUUAAUACUUUGAUAUAAAUUAAAUUUUAUUUUCUAUUUUGUAGAA